AUGCUUUCUGGAAACUUCAAGUUCGAUGCUGCCUUUUGCAAAUUCCACUGGUCAGAUAAAACCAUCGCAGUGACAAAUGGUAAGCAACAGAAACUGAUUCUGCUAGCCGGCCGCAACAGUGGUUACGAUAACUCUAUGUCCCCGCAAAAGUGUCCUGAACUCGGAAGUGUUGUGUCGCCUAAUGGCCACUUUGCCCACAAUGAGCACCCACAUGUCGUGCCAUAA